GUCGGCUCGACCGGGGGCCGAUCGCUUCGCGUCACGUCUCGGACGUACAACUUGAAACGUCAAAAACUUUACGUAAAUAUUUAAACCACCUGUGGUUGUUAGCUAAAACUGUAAAUAUUUUAUCAGUGUGUUUAGCGACUUUGUAGCGAGCUAUUCGCUUACAAUUAAUUUAGUUCUCCUGACCAGUUUUGAUAGGAUUAAGAUCGUGUCUUCAGUUUUGUGGAAAGCAUCGGUAUCGAGUGCAUGCCAGGAAGAUCCUGUUGCACCUUUAAUAACGUUGGUGCACGAAAAUGGUGGUUCGGUGCCUGAAGCGCUCCUUCAAGCUUGAAACCCAUGUGGCGACGUAAUCUAUUCCACUCCCAAAACCAUACUUAAGUUACUAUCUAAAAUUAAGAACAUAACAAACGCACUAAACCAAUAUGAAUUUGAAGUUCAUAUCCCUAGUGUUAACAUGGAAUUUCUUACUGAUAUCAGCAAGACGAGACUCGUAUGAAGACGAGGAAACUUCAAGAUCCAGAGAAUUACGGAAUAGAGAAAAUAAUAGAAACAGGACAACAUUUAAUGGGACCCUCACUGAUAUCCCUGAAAGAAGGAAUCUGAGGCACAAGAACAGCUCAAGGUAUCGAGGAGACCGUCGCAGAUGGGACAGGGAGCAUGAGAUAAGAAGAGAUAGAAGGAAAGGCACUGAUGCUCAUUCUUUGGAAGACAGUGCUAACAGAACAAUAGAACCGUACAGCUUGAGAAAGGAUGAUAAAUCGAGGAAAACAGAGAAACACUGGAACAGAAGCAGUGUUGAGAAGCCGUGGAAUACUGCAAGGAGGCCUCUUGCUCAGAGCAAGGCGCAGGAAAGGCCUCACGUGCCUGUGAGGGAGAACACCACCAGGUCCAAAUUGAAGCCAACGAACAAAUGGCAGACUGGUGGCUACAUUCCUUAUCCCCAGCCGAGGGAGAGGAAGCCAAAUAUCAUUUUAAUCCUGACUGACGAUCAGGAUGUGGAGCUGGGAAGCUUGAACUUUAUGCCCAGGACUAUGAAAGCAGUUCGUAGCGCCGGAGCUGAAUUUCGUCACGCUUACACCACUACGCCCAUGUGUUGUCCUUCAAGGAGUUCAUUGCUGACUGGUGUCUACGUGCACAACCACAACGUGUACACGAACAACGACAACUGCUCAUCCCCGCAGUGGCAAGCCACGCACGAGACCAACACCUUCGCAACCUACCUUUCCAACGCAGGGUACAGAACUGGCUACUUCGGGAAGUACUUGAACAAGUACAACGGGUCGUACAUCCCUCCCGGCUGGCGCGAGUGGGGUGGACUCAUCAUGAACUCCAAGUACUACAACUACAGUAUCAACAUGAACGGGAAGAAGAUCAAACACGGAGACGACUAUAAUAAGGAUUACUACCCAGACCUGAUCGCGAAUGACUCGAUUGCGUUCCUGCGAGCGUCCAAGCGUCGUUUCUCCCGUAAGCCGGUGCUCCUGGUAAUGUCAUUCCCAGCACCACACGGCCCCGAGGACUCCGCCCCACAAUAUUCACAUCUCUUCUUCAACGUCACCACACAUCACACACCGACGUAUGAUAUGGCGCCAAAUCCGGACAAGCAAUGGAUUCUCCGCGUCACUGACAAGAUGAAGCCCAUCCAUCGGCAGUUCACGGACCUGCUGAUGACCAAACGACUUCAGACACUACAGAGCGUUGACAUGGCAGUCGAACGCGUCUAUCAAGAGUUAAAAGCGCUUGGCGAACUGGACAACACUUAUUUGGUGUACACGUCAGAUCAUGGCUACCAUUUGGGCCAGUUUGGUUUAGUCAAAGGAAAAAGCUUUCCUUUCGAGUUUGAUAUCAGAGUACCGUUCCUUGUACGAGGCCCAGGAGUUGAGCCCGGCACUGUCGUGGAUGAUAUAGUUUUGAACAUCGACCUGGCGCCGACAUUCCUGGAUAUGGGCGGAGUGGAACCUCCAGCGCAUAUGGACGGGAGAUCGCUCCUUCCACUGUUGCAACCUCGUCGCCGUCGCCACGCGACGGCACACUGGCCUGAUACGUUUUUGGUGGAAAGUUCAGGUCGGCGAGAUAUUCCUGGUAUGGGUCACCGCUCCCGGGAGAAUAAGUACAGUCGGGAGAUGAAUGAGAACCGAGCUACCACAUCACCUCCUCAGUCUUUAGAGAGCGGAGACUUUGACGAGGACACAGAUGAUGACGAUUUCCUAGAACCUGAUGAUGACGAUGAUGAUGAAAGCUCAGAAAGUGACUCGAUCGACUCUCUAAAGAAGUCAUCGGAACCGUUAUUGACAAACGAGAGUCAUAACCCAUUGUUGGAAGCUAGCCUUGAGAAGGUGCUUGACGCUGAAGAACAACCAAAUUAUCUCACACCUGGGAACAAGCUAUACGACCAAGUAGCAGAUGCCAGCGGUUUGGAAGGUAAAGCAGCUCGAAUAGCUGCCGAUUGCUCAAAGGCUGAGCUUCGUGCUCCUUGUUCCGCGGGUAGGAAGUGGAAAUGUGUUCUAAUAAACGGUAGAUGGCGACGGCACAAAUGUAGAUAUGAGAGUGAAGUUAAUUUGCCGCAAUCAAAGAUGAGCACCAAAAAAUGUGCAUGCUUCACACCCAGUGGACUUGUAUAUACAAGACUCGAAACUGAUGGUACUAUAGCUCGGAGACUAGCUGAAGUCACAAAAGAGAACGGUACUCGCAGUAGAAGGUCUAUAGAUAAUGAGGUAUAUGAACCUAAUACAGUUGAUAGCAUUCUUAAAGAAAACCCAAGUAUAGGACACUUGAGUUUCAAGAAUGAACCAAUUGAUGAGCUUGAAAGUAGAAAUACAAAGGAUAAGAUUGAUAAACUUAUUAGGGAAACUGAAGCUUUCCUUGAGGCUUAUGAACGUACCAAAGAAAACAUAGAUCAUAAAAGAAUAAAACGUAGGGCUCAACACUGGAAUCACAAUAAACAUAAGAAGAAUGAUGCGAUAGUUAACAGCAACGAGUCUUCCUUAGAAUGUAAGAUAGAAAAAGAUGGAACAGUCAACUGCUCACAAAUUAUUUACAACGAUCUUAAAGCUUGGCAUACAAAUCGACUAAGCUUAGAAGAUCAAAUAAGACAGUUAAGAACCAAACUAGAAGAUUUAAAAGAAAUAAAGAGGCAUUUAAAAACUGCCAAACCAGCAACUGAAACGCAAACUGUUCAUCCUACUGUUUUUAACAAUCACUUAUUCAGUAAGAACUUUAGUCACGAACACAAUACUUCAAAGGAGCAUUUCAGAAAGGGUAGACUUCAUAGAGUGAAACCAAAACACAAAAACAAUACUGCACAGGAGAAAAAAUUAAGACAUUCAAAUGAAUAUGUUGUGCCUACUAUAAAUGCUAAAACCAAAGAUGAUGUGUUUGAUUAUCAAGUUAAAAAUGAGACAAACACUGAAGCCCCUUUUACAACACAAGCUGUAAAUGUUAGCAAUGAAGUAAUUGGUCUUACAAAUAUUACUGAAGAAAAAAUCGAAAUACCAAAACCACAAGUUACUACUGUAAUUAUAGAAGGUAAUUACGAAGAAAACAGUGUGGAAGACAGAAGUACUUUGCAAAGCGUAAUAACCAGCACUAGUACUGAUCCGAUAAUUACGACUGAUUAUCCGAUGCACUUUGAUAUAACUACUAAACGUACAGCUGCUGAAGAGAAUUCUACGGAAGAAGCAUAUUUUUCGCAAAAUGUGAAGCAUUUCAGCGCUGCUAUUGAUAAAAUUUUAUCAACAGACGGUACUACAAGUACAACGAGCAAACCAGCAGUCACUGAAACAACCACAACACGGAAACCGUCUACCACGACCCCGAGGCAUACAACAAUUGCGCCCUUAAGCCUCGGUCCGGCACGACUAGAUGCUUCGGAAUACGAGCAGAGGAACCCUAAUAAAGCUACAUCUAAGAGCAUGGGUAUAUUUGAUAAACCAGUCGACGUGUUUCAAAGGAGACUUCAUCCACUCUUUAUAGAAAAUGAAGACAAACAUGUUUGUUACUGCGAGGAAAAUAGAAAAAUGCGAGGUCCUGGUCACAGCUACCUGGAAGCAGCACAGAAGACGAGAGAGGAACAGAGAAAGAGAAAAGCACAAUUACUGCAAAAGAAACUUAGAAAAGCAAGGAAGAGGGCAGAACUAGAGAAACUGUGCGAGUCUGAACGUAUGAAUUGUUACCGUCACGACAACGACCACUGGCGGACAGCACCUUUUUGGACAGCAGGUCCCUUCUGUUUCUGCAUGAGCACCUCCAACAACACUUACAAUUGCGUUAGGACCAUCAACGCGACGCACAACUUGCUCUACUGCGAGUUUAUUACCGGCCUAGUCACCUACUACAAUUUGAGAAUCGAUCCUUUUGAAACACAAAACCGAGUGAAAUACCUGACACAAGCUGAGAAAGAUUAUUUCCAUAAUCAAUUGCAGCAACUUUUGAGUUGCAGAGGCCCAUCCUGUCGACGAUUCUCACAUUCAAACCCCAACGGGAGCAGCGAAGAAACUGUAAAUAGGCGAUUUGACGAACGAUUCGAAGACCACUUAUACAGAAGUGAUUCUGUCGGAUAUAAUGAAAGGGCUUGGCGAUGGACAUACGGUCGAAGAUACGCACGAGCGAGAGAACUACACAGACGCAGGCACAUGGCGCCAUACUAGUCUAGCGCUAAUAUAUUCUUUGGAAAAUAUUGUGAAGAGCAGACACGAGCUGCUUUUUUCUAAAGAGAACUUUGGCAGGCAGCACGGGGCGGGAGCAAUAACGAUAGUUUGAUAUUAAUUUAAGGACGGAAACAGUAGGUUGUCGAGACGACUUUUCUCAGUUUUCUUCUGUGAAUAAAGCUAUCAACUCUUUGAAAAAUAUUGUAAUAGAUGUAAGCAAAAUACGAGUUAUGGAGAUUAUUUAUCUACACACACAUCAAAAUCACAAAAUGUAAAGAUUUAAACAGUCUGAUUUCAUAUAUUUCUAAGUGACUAUACAUCAUAUAUUAGGUAUAUGGUAUUUAUUCUAGGAUAUUCUUACACAUCGAAAAGCAGUAGGGCUUCCUAUAACUAUGUAUUCUAUUGUACUAGUAUGUGGCUGUUUUCUGUCUCAAAAUUAUUGUUAUGAAUAUUUUUAUUCAAAACUUAGUCCCAA